ACAAAGUCCUCAACUAUUUCACAAGCUAUUUUCUCCAUUCCUAAUAUAAUUCCUUUCCUAUACACAAAACUUUAAACACACAGCUUAUAUAUAAACAGCAUGGUUUAUAUGUGUUUUCUGGUUGAUCAAACAAGGAAAGUGCGGCGGAGCAAGCCAGCGGCCGGGACUUGUUCACGGUGCGGCGGUGGAGCUAGGGUGGCUGAGAUGAAGACUGCUACAAGAUUUUGUUAUGUGCCAUUCUAUUGGAAAUCUUGGAAGGCAAUUAUAUGCACAUAUUGUGGUGCAAUUCUUAAAUCCUAUAGAUAGAAGAAGUCCCAUCUUAUUUUCGUCUUUGCUUUUUUGGGGUUUAAUUUAAUAUAUAGUUAGACAUCUUUGGUGGGUGUAACAUUACAGGUUCAUAUCAUAUGUAUUUCAAGAGUGUAGUCCAUGAAAUAUUGAGGAUGGAAGUUUAAGCUAGCUAGCUAGAGAGAUUGAUGGGCGUUAUGUAUGUAUUACAAGUUCUUUAUGGUGCAGUUUCAAGGCAGCGCGUUUUGCGUCUGUGUUUCAGCC